UCAUCUUGUGGGGAUCUCCAUACCCUGUUUCGCCAUAAUGGGUUUGGUCUGAUAAUUGUAUGACGGGCGGCUGAAACGCGGCCGUGUAUUGGCUCCUUCCUCUCCCAAGUUUGCCGAGCCGAAGACUUCCUGCACUCCUGUCCCCAGCCUGAGUCCUCCUCCACUCUCUCUCAUUAAAAAACUACAUAGAACACUCCCCUUCCAAUUAAGCUAUCAGCCACUCCACACUCUCUUCAACUUACCCAUAUCAAUCACGAUGUUGGCCUGUAUCACCCUCUGCCUGCUCCUCUCCAAGAUGACGAUCGCAGGAAUCAGCGAUGCUCAUCUACCCGCGUAUCGCCAUAUCAAAAGCUUCCCUAUGGGCGACGCAAAAGUCACCUUCUGUGAGGCUAUACCUGGCCGCACUGCUGCUCACCAUGCGCUCAGGAAACGAGGAUUGGAUGCCGGGCCCCCAGGUCCUAGCAGCAAUUCAAAUUCGAAUCCCACACUCCCAACUCGCAGCGAACCGUUGGAUUUAACACCGGCCAAAUGCACGAGCAUCACGUGCAAUCCCGGGACUUUCCAAAAACCUGACCUCCAAGACUGCGAAAAAGUCAUCCAGGCUCAGCUUUACAACUCUACCGGCAGUCUUUCGGCCGCUCCAGGAACAUAUGUCUUUGUUUCCUACGGAACUUGCGCCACUGUGUUUCAAAACCCGGAAGAAUCCAGUUACCCCCUCCAGUACAACUGGGCCGAGCUGGGCGCACAAGCGGGAAAGAUCGCCGGCAAGUGUUUGCUCGAGGAAGACAAGUCGAUGGGCGGGAGUUGCAUAUUCAAGAAAUACCUUCAAUACACAUUCGAUGACGUGAUGAUCAGUCUCCAAAGAUUCGAUGACCGAGAUAUCGAAAUGCCUAAGUGAUUUUUUUACGAGGCCAUCGCUUCCGCUCGAUGCCCACUUGGAUACCGUUUCACCAUUUUUUUUUUUU